UAGCUCAGUAGCGACUAGUAGGCAGCCGUUGGCCGGUGAGCUUGAGCAUCCUUCAAGAAAAACACCACUGAAAGUAAAAGAUUAAAACUACACCUAUACAACUAACGCACAACCUCACACGGGAAGUCUCUUUGAAGACAAAGAGUAUAAAGAUGCCUUCAGCAAUGGUUGGCAACAGUGCUGUCCAGUCUGCCCUUCCAGACUUGGGAAAUGGAAGUCAAUCUGAGGCCAUGAAGCAGAUUCUGGGUGUGAUGGACAAGAAGGUUCGCAACAUGGAAAAGAAAAAGUCUAAACUGGAUGAUUAUCAGGCCAAGAAGGAUAAAGGAGAAAGACUGAAUCAAGACCAGCUGGAGGCGCUGGCAAAGUACCAGGAGAUCAACAACAACCUUGAGUUUGCUCGAGAACUGCAGAAAAGCUUCCUGACAUUGGGCCAAGAGGUUCAAAAGGCAGUGAAGAAGUCUGCAAGACGGGAACAGUUACAGCGAGAGGAGAUGGAGCAAAGACGGCUGAAAACUGUUUUGGAGCUUCAGUUCUUACUGGACCAGUUGGGAGAUGACAAUGUCAGGAAGGACCUCAAACGGCCUGAUGCCUCUGGUUCACAGUUGCUCACCGAUGCUGACCUUUCAUCCCUUGAUGAGUUUUACAAAUUGGUGGGACCUGAUAGGAACUAUGAUGUUAGGUUGACUGACCAAUAUGAAGAAGCCUCAGUACACUUGUGGGAACUGCUUGAGAGCCGAGACAAGGCUGUGGCAGGGACUACAUACAAGUCACUGAAGGAGACUCUGGAGAAGGUGCUGCUCAGCGGUUACUUCGACAGAGCACAAACCCAUCAGAAUGGCACUUGUAAUGAAGGAGAGGAGCAGGAGGAGCAGGCUGUAGUGACUGAGUCCAAGGGAAUGGAGGAACCAACGGAACCUGAAGGAACAGUUACUGAAAAAUACUCAGAACCAGUUAAAGUGGAAACCACAGAGUUUGUAAACAGACAGUUCAUUCCAGAAGCUGCGUACAGUAGUACAGACAAAGACCAAGUGGAGGAGUGGACAGUGGAGGCUCAGAUGGUGAAUUCCCUACAGCAUCAGCCCCCUGCCCAGCUGGCUCCAGAAGCAGCUGCUGUUGUGAAUCAUGCUCCUCCCUGUCCAACUACUGACCCAGUGGUCAGAAAGCAGGCAGUGCAAGACCUCAUGGCCCAAAUGCAGGGAACGUACAACUUCAUGCAGGACUCCAUGUUGGAGUUUGACGGUCAGGCUCUGGAUCCUGCCAUUGUAUCAGCUCAGCCCAUGAAGCCUGUGCAGACUGUUGACCUGCAGCAGAUGGGCUGUGCCUCCACGCUUUCAGAGUCCCGACUUCCUCAAACCACUGCAGUGUCAGGUCCACAGGAUUCCUCACAAGCCUCGCUGUCUUUAUCCUCUGAGCAGCCCCCUGCCCCAUGCUCCCUGUCCUCUGCCUUCCCACCCGUCUCCAAACCCACCCACAGCGGUGGCAUCAAUGUCAACGCAGCACCUUUCCAGUCAGUGCAAGCGGUGUUUAACAUGAAUGCGCCUGUGCCCCCAACUGGUGAUAGUCAAGCAGAUCCUCUGAAGCAGGCCAGCCAGUUUCCUGGUGGUUACACACAGGGCUUUAGCAGCCAGUCAGACAACACAGUAGACCAGUCUGACAUCCCACAGGAGACAUUACAGUCAGUUGUUGGUGGGUUCCAGCCCCAAGACCAGGUCCUGUCCUCAGCAGUGGGCCAUGAGGAGUCCUCGGCUGGUGCUGGGUUUGGACAGUCAAAUCCGUCCUUCUAUAACAGCAGGGCAGUGCCCAGGGGCGGACCCAGGAAUGCCCGUGGCAUGAUGAACGGUUACCGGGGGUCCACCAAUGGCUUCAGAGGAGGAUAUGAGAGCUACCGGCCUCCUUUCUCAAACGCUCCCAACAGUGGUUAUGGUCAAACACAAUUUAACGCAUCUCGGGACUUCUCAAAUAGCACCUACCAACGGGUGAGAUGUCUCUUUAAAUACGCCUAACGAGGGCUAUCAGCAUGGCUACAAACGGGGAGCAGCCCAAGGACCCCGAGGCUUGGCUCGAGGAAACACCCAAGCAAUGCGAUCCUAAAUGACCCUAAAGACAGUUAAGUCAUGCCACGUUAAACAUUCAGGAUUUUUGAAUGUGUUUGCCCCAGCCCACUUUUAUAACAACGUUUUGUUUCUCAUUGGUAAUCUUAUUUUUUUAACUCCUUGCCUACUUAUCAGAUUCAGCCUGCUUCGGUCUCUCUAGAUCCUCUUAAUGUUCUAACACAAAAUGCUGAAUUUCACACAUGUAGAAUUAUCAGCAAGUCUGUGUGUUAUAAGACAAACAAAUAGAUAUUCCUGUAAACUUGAAAGAUUUCAUUAAUUUAUUUUUUGUACAAAAUAAAUGCAAAAAAUACCCUGCCACUGUCGAUCUAUUUCCUGAUUAAUUUUCUUCUGCCUUGUGCUGUCAGAUACUUAUUUCCUCUCGGUCUCAUAAUUUUUGCAAAGCCAUUUUAUGUUUUUGUUUUAUUCUGUUUUUUUUUUUUGUUUUUUUUUACCCCCGUCACCUCUUGCGCCAUCAACUCUUUGUACGCUGAUGUUAUCGGUUGAGACUGUUUCAAUAAACUUGUGUUCUCUUA